UUUGUUCCCGUCCGCGAACAGGAUCCGACGACAUGAGGGCACCGGAAAUCACACACUACCACACCCCCGGCAGGGGAGUGUUCAGGCCAAUCUUGAGCGCCGACUACCCGACAUGGCCCAGCUACAAGUCCAUCUACGACGACCCAAAGCACCCGUCCGACAGAAUCAACACACCCGGGUACCGUUACCUGCCAAUCUCCAGAGACACAUACGGCAUAUCGCCCAGGAACAUUUACCCGCACAACUACCACUCCGACCGCUACCCUUCAUACGGUACGUACUGAUGACGACGUCGCCGAACACGCAAACCACCGCUAUAUAAUAUAAUAAUACUAUAAUAAUAUAUGUACCGCUAUAAUAAUAAUAAUAAUAAUACUAUUUCUGCAGAAGCUAUAUAAUAUUAUGUUAUAUAAUCUCUGUACACAACCAACAAUCUAAUCAACAGCAAUAAUAAUAAUAAUAGUAAUAAUAGUGAUGACAAUAAGUAUGAUAGAGGUAGGGUACUACACGUUGAUCACAAUUCAUUUUUUUUUCUUCCUACAAACGAUUUCGGAAAAAACAUCAUCGACUUCCCGAGCCAUCACUCGUUGCCAAAGCAAGUAUAUACUAAUAUAUUAUAAUAUUAUGUUUAUAUUUUGUUUAUUGUUAUUUUUGUUAUCGCGAAAUUUCUAUAUGUGUAUACCCCUACUUUGGCACGUAUCGCGUUCGGCUGUUGCGGUUUUUUUUUCACAUUUUUUUCGUCCGUUUCACAUCAAUAUCCGACCUAUAGAUCGGUAUAACUAUAAUA